AUGGCUGCUGGAGUAGCAACAUGGCUGCCCUUUGCCCGGGCAGCUGCAGUUGGCUGGCUGCCUCUGGCCAAACAAAAUAUGCCCAAGCCCCCUGUGGACAAAAAGACUCGAAGUGACGAAAUGUUAUUUGUAAAUGUCAGUGGACUUCGCUUCCAGACAUGGAAGAACACAUUGGACCGCUAUCCCGACACCUUGCUGGGCAGCUCCGAGAAGGAAUUCUUCUACAAUGAGGACACUCAGGAAUAUUUCUUUGACAGGGAUCCGGAGAUGUUCCGCCACAUACUCAACUUCUACCGCACGGGCAAGCUGCACUACCCUCGGCAUGAGUGCAUCCAAGCCUUUGACGAGGAGCUGGCGUUCUUCGGCAUCGUGCCAGAGAUCAUUGGGGACUGCUGCAUGGAAGAAUACCGUGACCGAAAGAAGGAGAACCAGGAACGCCUCGCGGAGGACACAGAGGCCGAAAUGGCCACGGACACUCCUUUACCGCCAAACAGCACCUCCCGGGAGAGGUUGUGGAGAGCCUUUGAGAAUCCCCAUACGAGCACUAUGGCUCUUGUUUUCUACUAUGUCACCGGUUUCUUUAUCGCUGUGUCAGUUAUUGCCAACAUUGUGGAAACGGUUCCUUGCCGACCACCCAAGGGGAGCAAAAAGGACCUCCCGUGUGGUGAGAAGUACUCACUGGCUUUCUUUUGUAUGGACACAGCCUGUGUGCUCAUCUUCACUUUCGAGUACCUGAUGAGGCUCUUUGCCGCACCGAGCCGUUGUAAAUUCAUGCGCUCCGUGAUGAGUGUAAUCGAUGUCGUGGCCAUCAUGCCGUACUACAUCGGCCUUGUCAUGCCCGAAAACGAGGAUGUGAGCGGAGCUUUCGUCACGCUGAGGGUCUUCCGCGUCUUUCGCAUCUUCAAGUUCUCUCGCCAUUCACAGGGUUUGCGUAUCCUGGGAUACACCCUCAAGAGCUGUGCUUCAGAAUUGGGUUUCCUUCUCUUCUCCCUUACCAUGGCCAUCAUUAUCUUUGCUACCGUCAUGUUCUAUGCUGAGAAAGGCACCAAAGGCACCAACUUCACCAGCAUUCCUGCUGCCUUCUGGUACACCAUUGUAACCAUGACAACACUGGGAUACGGAGACAUGGUUCCCAACACCAUUGCCGGGAAAAUAUUUGGCUCCAUAUGCUCCCUGAGUGGUGUCUUGGUGAUAGCUCUUCCCGUGCCUGUCAUUGUGUCCAACUUCAGUCGAAUCUACCACCAGAACCAGAGAGCAGACAAGAUGAGGGCACAGCAGAAAGUGCGACUGGCCAGGAUUCGCUUGGCCAAGAAAGGGACCACCAAUGCUUUCCUACAAUACAAAGAGGACGGAGGCCUGCAGAUUUGUGAUGGGGAUAGCACAGCUGUGUGUCUGAAGAACAGGUCAUCAUUUGAGCACCAACAUCACCAUCUACUCCACUGUCUGGAGAAGACCACCAAUCACGAGUUCACGGACGAAAUGACUUAUAGUGAGAUGUGCAUGACGGAAUCGGUGGGCUACCGGACCAGUCGUAGCACUUCGCUGUCCAGCCAGCAGGGCGUGUCCACCUCCUGCUGCCCCAGGCGGGCCAAGAGGAGGGCUAUUCGGCUGGCCAACUCCACGGUGUCGGUCAGCCGCGGCAGCGUGCAAGAGCUGGACACUCUCCAGGUUCAGAAGAGCUCCGCGGGGCCCCAGAGCCGUUCCAGUCUAAACGCCAGGACAGAGGAGCUGAAGCUGAACUGUGAGGACAGGGACUUCACGGCAGCCAUCAUUAGCAUACCCACUCCGCCCGCCAACACUCCCGACGAGAGCCUGCCUUCCUCCCCCGCCAUCCCCGGCAUCCUGCGCAACUCCCGCUCCAGCACCUACACCCACGAAACCGUCAAGAUCUCCUCCUUAUAA